GCUCUCCGUGGGCUUUUGCUCUGUGUGCUGUCGGCGCUUCGGGUUUCACGCAAGGGUGGAUUCUGGCACGCGUCGAUUGCGUCUGGCGCUCUGAUUUGUUAGGAGGCGGACUAGGACUGCGCGUGCCGGUGUGGUGGCCGAGGCUGGGAGAGCUAGCUGCCAACUCGCCUGGUCCGCCAAGCAAAGGCAGAGGUUCGAGCGGGUGGUCUGUAUCGAACCGCGCAAUACUGAACUUGCGUGUUUCCCACCACUGCGGCGCGCGAGUGUUCAGGAAAGCAGCCUCCCACACUUGUAGACACAAAGGAGGCUGCAUGCGCGGCAGCAUGCGCGCGCUGGCGAAGCUGACGCGAGUCAGGCGCAGGACUUUGGCCGGCACCAGCAGCAGCCAUAGGUUUCAAAGCAACACCAGCGGCAGCAAGAGUUUCCAGGGCGUCUGGCCCAUCGUCGCGACGCCGUUCCACGACGACGAGGCGCUCGACCUCGAGGGCUUCGCGAAGAGCAUCCGUUUCUUCCGGGAGUGCGGCGCAUCGGGCGCAACAGUGUGCGGCGUGCUAGGCGAGUCGAACCGGCUCACGGACGCGGAGCGCGCUCAACUCGUGGAGACGGCCGUCGGCGCGGCGGGCGCGAUGCCAAUCUGCGUCGGCGUGUCUCACGCGGGCACGCGGGCCACGGUGGAUUUGGCGCAAAUGGCCCAAGACCUAGGCGCGCAUUCAGUCAUGGUCACGCCCACCAAAGAGGCCUUCCCGCAGUCGGACGCGCAGCUUUUCGACUACUUCGCCGCCGUGCAGGACGGCUGCGCGCUGCCAAUCGUGCUGCAGGACCACCCUGCAAGUACGGGCGUGUUCAUGGGUGCGGAGCUAUUGGUGCAGAUAUGCGCGCACCUCGCCUCGGUACAGUGCAUCAAGCUCGAGGCCGUGCCGACCAGUGCAUAAGUCAAAUGUCGCGGCGCUUCUCUGGCUCCUCACUUGGCGCACCCGACGCACGGGUUCAUUUGCGCACAGGUGCCGACGCCGCCCAAGAUCGCGGCGUUGCGCAAGGCUUGGGCGGCGCAGCCCCCGGCCUUCCCUGAAUGUUCGAUUCUGACCGGGCUCGGGGCGCUCUACGGCGGGUUUGAUGUCGAGCAAGGCACGGACGGCUUCAUGACCGGCUUUGCCUUUCCAGAGGUUCUGAUGGCGAUCGACUGCGUUGCAAUCUACACGCCAUCGAGCAGAUGCUGUUACGGGGAGGACGACGCGUCGAUGGCGUGGGGCAUGCGAAAUUUGAUUUCCACACAGGCGAUCGACGGCGCGGCGCGCGCGGGCAACGUCGAACGGGCGCACGCCAUCUACGCGCAGUUCCUGCCCCUGUUGGUUUUCGAGCAGCAGCCGGGCGUCGGGAUCCGCAAGGAGGUCUACCGACUGAGGGGUCUGAUCGAGUGCGGCCGCGUGCGGCGGCCCGCGCCCCAGGUCUCGACCGUCGCGGCCGCCGCGCUCGCCGCGCAGAUCGAGCGGUCGCUCUACGACCCGUUCCCGGGCGUGGACCUGACGAAGCCGCUCACGCCGCUUUUCGAGAGACUCUCGCGGUCGUGACUCGACACCCGGCGCAUCCGACGAAAUUUUCCGAGUGCACAUAAUCAUGGGAAGAAGUAUUGACACACGGUCGUUACCCGGGGGCGGCGGUCGGACGACCGGGCGG